ACAAAACAGAAUAUAUAUUUAUUGUUUUUGUUUUCCUCGAAAACUAUUUGUUUGUGACGUGUUUUCUAAAUAGAAGAAAAUAAGUGGAAAAUGCCACCUAUUUGGAAUAUGGAAGAGGAUGAAGGAGACCGUUUACAAAAACGUAUAAAUAAGAUAUUGGAAACUCGCUUGGACACUGAAAAGGAUACACUUGAAGCUUUAAAAGAUUCCUCAAAUUUUUUCGUGGAAAAUACUUUGCAAAACCGACGCAAUUUGAGAAGCCAAAUAGAAAAACGUUCCGUUAAUAUUAAUGAAAACUUUUUAAGAUCGUUUCGGGAAGUUAAAUUAAGUCUUGAUGCUGUUUGCAAUGACUUGGACACUCUAAGCAGCUCGGUGCAAGCAAUGAAAAAUGACUUGGAAUCAUCCAAAGCUCUGACACAUGAUCUUAUUAAGCAGACAAAUGACUUGCAAGAACAGCGAGAACAUUUGCAAGUGCAUAAACAAGUUGCCGAAGCCUUUUUGGCACGUUUUCAACUUAGUAUACCCGAACAUCAAAUAUUGUAUGGUACUUCAAAGGAUUCAGCCAUAACUGCAGAAUUUUUUGACGUAUUGGACCGCGUGCAAAAUAUACAUGCAGAGUGUCGAGUUUUAAUGCAAUGUGGCUAUCAAACUGCCGCUGAAGAUAUUAUGGAGGAGAUGACUUUACAUCAAGAAGGUGCAUUGGAAAGACUGUACAGAUGGACGCAAAAUCACUGCAGAAAUUUGGACAACAAUGAAAUUGGUCCUCUAGUUAUUAGAGCUAUGGGUAGAUUACAAGAUCGUCCCGUGUUAUUCAAAUACGUAAUUGACGAGUACGCUAUCGCUCGCAGAGCUGUCCUAGUUCGAUUAUUUAUUGAUGCUUUAACAGAAGGUGGUCCCGGUGGUAAUCCUAAGCCAAUUGAAAUGCACGCUCACGAUCCUAAACGUUAUAUUGGAGACAUGUUUGCUUGGUUGCAUCAAGCGAUACCUAUAGAAAAAGAAAAUUCUGCAUUGCUUUUUAAAAUGUGUCAUAAAAAUGAUCUUUCAGAGCAAAUGCAAAAUGCUUUGGCUUACAUAGCCGAUGGUGUUUGCCAUCCUUUAAAAGUACGUGUUGAGACCAUUUUGAACUCUGAAAAAGACACCAUUGUCCUAUUUGCUAUUUCAAAUCUUUUAAGAUUCUACCAACAAAUUAUGAAACAAGUUGUGCAAGGCGGUAGUUUGGAGCAAUGUCUUUCAGAAAUGCAAAAAUCAAGCGAAGAGAUUUAUCUCAAUUCAUUAUCGAAUCAAGUUCGACAAAUAUUGCAAAAGAAUGCAAUGUCAGGUUCAGGAUUAGAACCUCCACAAAGGGAUCUGGUACCGCCAUCAAGUCUUGGUCGUUUGUUAAAUUUACUUAAGGAAAUACUUUCUGUGGCGACAAUGGUUGAUGGACGGCAAUCUGAUAUAACUAAGAUAAUAUCGUGCAUAAUUGAUCCAUUGUUGCAAUCAGUCCAGGAGUCUGCCUCACAUUUACCAACAGUAGAUAUGGCUGUUUAUCUUCUUAACUGCUUGUAUCAUAUGCAAAGUACCCUGGCAGUGUACGAAUACAUGGACGAACGCGUUGAACGUUUGCAAGCUCAAUCUGAGGCUCAAAUAGAUACUUUAACCUCGGAGCAGGCCUCCUCCUUAGUAUCCAAUCUUCAAUUAGGUCCCAUUUAUACAAUACUACAAACUAAUCAAUCGAAAAUAGAAUCUAAUCUUUUAAAGAUCUUCAUGAAUAAAAUGGAUGCCUUUCUGGAAAUGCCCGAAGUAUUAUUACUACCACAAAUACAAUUAAUCAUGUCCAGCUCUCACCGUACUGCUGUCCAAAAGAGAUCUUUUAAUGUUAUUGUUGCUAUCUAUAAACAAAUCUACGAAAGAAUACAUGAUCCCGAAAACGGCUUUGAGCAUCCAGAGUCUAUAUUUUCAAAAACUCCUCAGCAAGUAGCCAAAAUAUUAUCAGUUUAAUUAAAAAAUCUUAAUGCCUUUGCUGCGUGUGUGUGUUUAGUUCAGUAUCUUUACAAAAAAAUGUACAAGAAAACUAUAAUUUACUUUAUUGUAUUCAUUCACUACAUUGUGGAUUGCUAUAAGAAAUUGACAUAAAGAGAAGAAUAAAAAUAAAAUAUAAAUUAAAUAAAAUAUCAACCAAAAGAA